GGGCCCGAGUUCCGAGCCCUUUGCUCCCUCGGCUGCUGGGGGACUGGGCAGCUGCGCAGCCUCCGCCGCUCCCGGCUGUGGAGGCCACGCGGAGCAUGUCGGAGAACGACAUGGAGAAAGCCAUCAAGGAAACCUCCAUUUUAGAAGAAUACAAUAUUAAUUGGACUCAGAAGCUGGGAGCUGGAAUCAGUGGUCCGGUUAGAGUCUGUGUGAGGAAAUCUACCCAAGAACGGUUUGCACUGAAAAUUCUUCUUGAUCGUCCAAAAGCUAGAAAUGAGGUACGUCUGCACAUGAUGUGUGCCACACACCCCAAUAUAGUUCAGAUUAUGGAAGUGUUUGCCAACAGUGUACAGUUUCCUCAUGAGUCCAGCCCCAGGGCUCGACUCUUAAUUGUAAUGGAGAUGAUGGAAGGGGGAGAGCUAUUUCACAGAAUCAGCCAGCACCGGCACUUUACAGAGAAGCAAGCCAGCCAAGUAACAAAGCAGAUAGCUUUGGCUCUACAGCAUUGUCACUUGUUAAACAUCGCACACAGAGACCUCAAGCCUGAAAAUCUGCUUUUCAAGGAUAACUCUUUGGAUGCUCCAGUGAAGUUAUGUGACUUUGGAUUUGCCAAAAUUGACCAAGGUGACUUGAUGACACCCCAAUUCACCCCUUAUUAUGUAGCACCUCAGGUACUGGAGGCACAGAGAAGACAUCAGAAGGAGAAGUCUGGCAUCAUACCUACCUCACCAACGCCCUACACUUAUAACAAGAGCUGUGACUUGUGGUCCCUAGGGGUGAUUAUCUAUGUGAUGCUGUGUGGAUACCCUCCUUUUUACUCCAAACACCACAGCCGGACUAUCCCAAAGGAUAUGCGGAGAAAGAUCAUGACAGGCAGUUUUGAGUUCCCAGAGGAAGAGUGGAGCCAGAUCUCGGAGAUGGCCAAAGAUGUUGUGAGGAAGCUCCUGAAGGUCAAACCAGAGGAAAGACUCACCAUUGAGGGAGUACUGGACCACCCCUGGCUCAACUCGACUGAGGCCCUGGAUAAUGUGCUGCCCUCUGCUCAACUGAUGAUGGAUAAGGCGGUGGUUGCAGGAAUCCAGCAGGCUCAUGCAGAGCAGUUGGCCAACAUGAGAAUUCAGGAUCUGAAAGUCAGCCUCAAACCCCUGCAUUCGGUGAACAACCCCAUUCUGAGGAAGAGGAAGUUACUUGGCACCAAGCCAAAGGACGGUGUUUAUAUCCACGACCAUGAGAAUGGAGCCGAGGAUUCAAAUGUUGCCUUGGAAAAGCUCCGAGAUGUGAUUGCUCAGUGUAUUCUCCCCCAGGCUGGAGAGAAUGAAGAUGAGAAGCUGAAUGAAGUAAUGCAGGAGGCUUGGAAGUAUAACCGGGAAUGCAAACUCCUAAGAGAUACUCUGCAAAGCUUCAGCUGGAAUGGUCGUGGAUUCACAGAUAAAGUAGACCGACUAAAACUGGCAGAAAUUGUGAAGCAAGUGAUAGAAGAGCAGACCAUGUCCCAUGAAUCCCAAUAAUGACAGCUUCAAACUUUUUUUUAACUAUUUGAAAAAUUAUUCUUUAAUGUAUAAAGUAAUUUUUAUGUAAAUUAAUAAAUCAUAAUUUCUUUUCCACAUUGCUUAAAGUUGCUGUAUAGAUUUAAGGUACAGGACUUGCUAAUGGUAUAGUUAUUGCUUGUUUUUAAGAAAACCUCAGUUCCUAGAGAUGUGCUAUUACUUUAGAAUUGUUUAGACAUAUAUUUGUAAGAUGACAGAUGGUACUGUCAAGCAAGAUUGUUUUAUUUCUAAUAAAGUAUACAAAAAUCACUUGCCAGAGGUAGAUAAAGGACCAACUAUACUGACCUUUAUGCUUAGUAUACGGUUGAAUCAAGUACUGUGGAAUCUGGUUUCAGUUGCCCUGUGUAUUUAUCUUCUGCAUCAUCGAUAGAUUAGCUCUAGUGCAAAGAAAUUUUUGUGGAUUGGUUUUUGCAGACUGCCUGCUGGAAUUCAUAGAUACACAUUUGGGCCUGGGGAGCCAACUGCCAUGAUGGAAGAGGCAAGGAACUAAGCCUUCAUUUCUCUUGCUCUAAUUCCCUAGAGAAAAGUGGCAACAUUUCCUUUUGUCAUAUUUGUUAAAAGGAUAUUGGUGUGUUUCUUAAAUUUAAUGGGUUUCUCUUUGGGGUUUAUUAUUUACAUGUUUAACUAGACCUUCCCUUUCCACUUUCCUGAGGUCCCACUUUGUACUCUCCCCUCCCUUGCAGCCUUCACAGCUCUAUCGCUUCUUAUUUCCUUUCCCUGUUCCUCUGGCCCCCCUUUUGGGGAUGAUUUUUCUGAGAAAGUUACAUAUAAUACACAGUGGACUUUUGGAUUAGCAUCUGAGAUGAUCCGGUUUUUUUCCUCUUAAAGCUGCCCCUUUUCUCUGUAAUGUUUCUGCCUGGGUUUCAUGUUGAUAUCCCUUGGGCUGCGUUUAUUUUGUUCAGUAUCCUCCAUUCUCAGGAAGCAUGGUUUUGGCCGAGUGCAGCUGUUGGAAUGAAAAACAAGGCUGGAUGCUUUUCUAGUUUUCCGUUGUGCACAAGGGCUUCCAUAGCAGACUUUUUUUUUUUUUUAAAGCAGUUUUUGGUGGGUACCUGUGUCACUAAAUCGCAGAGCUCUAAUAGGCAAUCUCCAAUUCACAGAGCAGAGGAAGAGGAUUAGUAGUCUCAGUUAUUCAGUUUUAUUCUGUCAAAUUCUCUUCAAUCAAAAAUCAAUCCCACAGAGCUUACUUAUUUUCUAAGUGCUCCACUUUACUUAGUAUGUCUUCAGGGUGACAUUUGGUUAGUAUGCCCCCUAUGUGUGUGACUGUGGGAAUAUAUGAUAACUCUUAAAAAAUACUUUUAUGUUUUUAUCCUAUUACAUUGCUUCCCUUUUAUCUUGUAGAAAAAGGCAUUUUUCUCAGGUGGGGCUCACUAAUCAUAGGUGAUUGAUAACUGUUUUAAAUAGAUUCCCUGUAAGGAGAACUGAAUACUUUUCAAGAUGGCAAAAUCUGGGCCAACCCCGUGGCGCACUCGGGAGAGUGUGGGGCUGGGAGCUCCCGCCACG